CUGAGAUCCUGUACAGCUGGUUGCUAGGUAACAGCUCACAGCACACAGACAGGCUCCUUUACAGGGAUAAGUGCAAAGAUUUGACACGACUUCCCUACACACAUUUUCACUCUUUGUACAAAGCAGACUGGGGCUUCCUGCAGUACUUACUGAUAUUAUCUACUUCUGUUUCUCCAAUAAUAAGGGACAGAACGGCCAGACGUUUCAUUCUCAUCUCUUUAUUGUGGAUGUUCCAGAGAUUUCUCAUGUAUCAAUGUCCUGUAGUCUAAUGACUUACCCAUAUGGCUCUGUACUGGCUCACUAAUGGCUUAUGUUUGCUGCUUCAGCAUUCCUCUCUGUUACGUGGGUUGCCAUUGGCAUUGGACUCUGUGCGCUGACUCAAUAGGCCACACAUACAAAGCAAUGCUCAGUGUACUUAAUAGGCUGUGUAUGUACUGCACAUCUAAUUAGAAAUAAAUGCCAUAUAAACCUCACUCAUCAAAAGGGGACACUUCCCCUUUAAGAGCAGGAAACAGAGGUCACUUCACCCUGGGGAGGUGACAGUUGGUUCAGUCCGUUGGUUGUCACUUUGGUGAGAGACAUCGGGCUACAGCGCGUUUCCUGCGAUCUUUGCGAUUUUUUCUGCAAGUUCUGCAAGUUUUCUGCUCAUCGUCAUCAGAGCAUUUUUUGGCUUCCCCCUAGUUUGAUAUAAUCCAUCCUUAUCAGAACUAGUUUUUUGGGAUAGCCAGGGUCUCCUCAGGGAGACCCCUUGGGGUACCCGGCCUUGUGCCGGUCCCAUUUUUUUUCUUCCAGAAGCGACACCAUCUUCGACUUCUGCGUUUUUUGAAAGACGACUGAAACAUCAUGGACCGCUCCAUAGAGAUGGAGGCGGUUUUGUUGACCCGGAAGAACUUCAGGGAGGAGGAGGAGACAGACAUCGAGAGUCUCCUCUAUUUUUAUGAACAUCACUACAAGAGAGAGUUCGGGAAGAUCGACGACUUAGCCAACUUCCUCAUCGGAUAUGCAGCCACCCACCAGUACCUGACUAGGGCGAACCUGGUGUAUUUCAUCUAUGUGGUCAUGAAUCUGGAACAACUGGAUAAGAUUGUGGCUGAUUUCCAGCUGCCGGAAUCACCUCUCAGAGACAUCAACAUGGACCCAGAGGAGGUUGCUGAAGCCUUUCAAACUUUAAGAUCAAUAUCGGAGGGCAUGGAGAGAAAACUCCUCGAGAAGGAGAAGGAGCUGGAAGAAGCUGCCAUGACCAGUCAACAGGAGAAAGUGGAGGAAGAUCACCUGCAGGAAGAGGAGAACCAUCAGGAGGAGCAAGAAGAGGUGGAACACAAGGAAGAGGAACAAGAGGAGAAAAACAAGGAACAAGACGAAGAUGUUCCUCCAGAAAAGAAAGAGGAUAUGGAAGAACUGGAGAAAGAUGUUCCUCCAGAACAACAAGAAGAGGAGAUGGGACUGGAGGAACAAGAGGAGCAAGAAGAAGAUGGUCCAGCUGAAAAGACAGAGAAUGUGGAAGAACUGGAGAAAGAUGAACAGCAAGAGGAGGUGAUGGAACUGGAGGGACAAGAGGCGGAAAAGCAGGAACAAGAGGAAGAUGUUCCUGCUGAAAAGCAAGAAGAGGUAGAAGAACAGAAGAAAGUGGUUCCUCUUGAACAGCAAGAUGUGGAAGAACUGGAGAAAGAAGAGGAGAUAGAGCUGGAGGAAGAAGAGGAGCAAAAGCAGGAACAAGAAGAAGAUGUUCCUGCUGAAAACCAAGAAAAGGGGGAAGAACCGGAGAAAGAUGUUCCUCCAGAACAACAAGAAGAGGAGAUGGGACUGGAGGAACAAGAGGAGCAAGAAGAAGAUGGUCCAGCUGAAAAGACAGAGAAUGUGGAAGAACUGGAGAAAGAUGAACAGCAAGAGGAGGUGAUGGAACUGGAGGGACAAGAGGCGGAAAAGCAGGAACAAGAGGAAGAUGUUCCUGCUGAAAAGCAAGAAGAGGUAGAAGAACAGAAGAAAGUGGUUCCUCUUGAACAGCAAGAUGUGGAAGAACUGGAGAAAGAAGAGGAGAUAGAGCUGGAGGAAGAAGAGGAGCAAAAGCAGGAACAAGAAGAAGAUGUUCCUGCUGAAAACCAAGAAAAGGGGGAAGAACCGGAGAAAGAUGUUCCUCCAGAACAACAAGAAGAGGAGAUGGGACUGGAGGAACAAGAGGAGCAAGAAGAAGAUGGCCCAGCUGAAAAGACAGAGAAUGUGGAAGAACUGGAGAAAGAUGAACAGCAAGAGGAGGUGAUGGAACUGGAGGGACAAGAGGCGGAAAAGCAGGAACAAGAGGAAGAUGUUCCUGCUGAAAAGCAAGAAGAGGUAGAAGAACAGAAGAAAGUGGUUCCUCUUGAACAGCAAGAUGUGGAAGAACUGGAGAAAGAAGAGGAGAUAGAGCUGGAGGAAGAAGAGGAGCAAAAGCAGGAACAAGAAGAAGAUGUUCCUGCUGAAAACCAAGAAAAGGGGGAAGAACCGGAGAAAGAUGUUCCUGACGAAAAGAAAGAAGAGGGGAUACAACUGGAGGAACAAGAGGCGAAAAAGCAUGAACUAGAAGAAGUUCCUGCUGAACAAAAACAGCAGCAGCCAACCCGGAGAAGAAGGGUUGCCAUCAGGCUCCAGAGGAUCUGGCGUUCCACCAAGAAGUUCUUCCGAGGGAUAAACUGUCGUCGCCCCACGCCUGCGCCGUGAAUACCUUACACCCACACUGGAACCCACACAAGCAUUCACACAUACACUUACACACGCACCCUCCCACACACACAUAUUAAAGGA